AUGGCCGCAUUCAGAGAUCAUUCACAUCGAUCGAGGAUUUCGACACUCUUCAAGUGCUUGAUUGUUGCUUGUGCAGUUCUUCACUUUUGUUCAGUCUAUAACUGGAUGCCAUUCAAUAAUCAUGUUGCACGAGACAUGCUCCUACCAACAAAUCCUCACUUCAUGUCACAAAGCAGGAACUGGACCAUUGAGGAUAGGAAUAUUGUAGUAGCCAAGACACGGGGGGAGAAUAUCGACUGGCUACUGCCUUUUUGCGAAGAAUAUAUCUGCAAACCAUAUGUCUAUUCGAUGGACCCCGAACCCGAAGAGGGCUUGCUUGUUCCUAAUACCACCAUGGGCCACGAAGCCGCCGCGUACCUAACUUAUAUCGUCAACAACUACGAUAAACUCCCCCCCUACACCAUCUUCGUCCACGCCAACGAUGAGCAAUGGCACAACGAACUCUUUGGCCCCAAGACUACAACCGCGCUACGUUUCCUACGAUAUGAAUCGGUGGAUGCAAACGGAUUUGUGAACUUGCGUUGCACGGGUAUACCAGGUUGUCCCAAUACUUUGAUUCCGGUUCACCGUGAGCCCGUCGAUGACGAAUAUGCCUACGUUUCCGACAAAUUCUUCGAGCUAUACUCAUAUCUUCUGCAAGUACCCAUGGACCAGGUUCCACAGGUUGUUGGGCAUUUAUGCUGUGGGCAGUUUGUUGUGGCGAGGGAUCGGAUUCUCGCCAGACCGCGUGAAGACUACGAACGCAUCUUGACGUGGGCGGCGACGACGGAUUUCACCGAUAGUUAUGGUAUUGGUUGGACGAUCGAGAAGAUCUGGCAUGUCUUGUUCGGACGGGAGCCGGUCGACUGCCCUCGCCUCGAGCAAUGCCGAUGCGACAACUACGGAUGGUGCGGUCCAUUACCCGACGGCGAAAUUUUAAUACCUAUCAUGCCUUAG